UUCAGUUCGAUUGAGAUGGUGCUCAGAGCCGCAGCCUCCCCACAGAGCGCCUCGUUUUCUCGUCUUUCGUUUCAAACAACGACUACCGGUGAAGACAAAAACGGGAAUGAAUCACGUUAAGCGUACAUCUAACGGUGGAGAGAAGGAGAAGAAGUCACCGGAAUGACCCCUCACAAAGAAACGCGUUUCCUCGCGUUGUGCUCGUGAAUCUCAUCCAACGGUUUUAAAGGGGUGCGCGAUCGAGCGGCUCUCGCGCACAACCAGCCGUCAAACAUGCCGGUGCGACGGGGUCACGUUGCGCCACAGAACACGUUUCUCGGGAUUAUUAUCCGCAAAUUCGAGGGUCAAAACAAGAGAUUUGUCAUAGCCAACGCACGUGUCCAGAACUGUGCCAUCAUCUACUGCAAUGAUUCCUUCUGUGAGAUGACAGGUUUUUCCAGGCCGGACAUCAUGCAGAAGCCAUGCACCUGUGACUUCCUGCACGGACAGCUGACCAAUCGGCACACUAUUGCGCAGGUAGCACAGGCUCUCCUGGGCUCAGAGGAGCGCAAAGUAGAGAUCACCUAUCAUCGCAAGGAUGGAUCAGACUUCCUAUGUGCGACACACAUCAUUCCUGUGAAGAACGAAGAGGGGGUUGUCAUGAUGUUCAUCUUGAGCUUUGAUUACGUGCUGAAAGAGGGCAGCAUGGAUUCAUUAGACCGACUCAACCACACCUCGCCAACCAGAAAUGAACAAAAAAAAGGACGUUUCUUUGGUUUUCGUCUGCCUGCACCACUAAGCAUGCUGGGAGUGAGUAAGCAAUCCCUCCCCCAGGAAGACCCGGAUGAGGUGACCAUCCAUUUGGCUGAUCAGAAUGAGAAACACUCUUCCUGCUCGUCAUCUGUCUCUCUUUCCCUCUCUCCACGUGAACUCCAUCCACCCACUGGCGAGAGCUGUAGCCCUUCCUAUGGAAAUGACACCUGGGCUCUGAUUGGCCAGAAUUAUCUGGGGUCAUGCUCACCUAUCUCAGAGCCACAGGAUCACUCGUCUCCACGGGGCCCUUGGGAACGAGUGGACCCACAGGAGCCUUUGCCGACUGCAUCUAGGAGAGCAUCACGGGCCAGUAUGUGCACAUUUAGGAGAGUAUCAUCUACACAAGAUUUAGAAGGACUCAGCACACAGACACAGAGGACGUACCGUGAUCGCCAUGCUAGCGAAGGUCCAUUUAAUCAGAUCAAGUCCAGCAUUUUGGGUUCCACAUCUGAUUCAAACCUUACUAAGUACAGCACCAUCAACAAGAUCCCUCUCAUCACUCUAAACUUCUCAGAGACCAACAAUGACAAGCGGGCAUCAUCUCCGCAUUCCUCAGAGAAAACCAUCAUUGCACCAAAGGUCAAAGAUCGAACACACAAUGUCACAGAGAAGGUCACACAGGUGUUGUCGCUAGGCGCCGACGUGCUUCCAGAGUAUAAACUUCAGACGUCACGCAUCAACAAGUUCACCAUCCUACACUACAGCCCCUUUAAGGCAGUCUGGGAUUGGCUGAUUCUGCUGCUAGUCAUCUACACGGCUGUUUUCACACCCUACAGUGCGGCCUUCCUGCUCAAUGAUGUGGAGGAGCAGAAGAGACGAGAGUGUGGUUAUUCCUGCAGCCCAAUCAACGUGGUGGACCUCAUGGUGGACAUCAUGUUUAUUGUAGACAUUCUAAUAAAUUUCCGGACUACGUACGUUAACACCAAUGAAGAGGUGGUUAGUCAUCCGGCUAAGAUAGCAGUGCAUUACUUCAAGGGAUGGUUCUUCAUAGACAUGGUGGCAGCCAUACCUUUUGACCUGCUCAUUUUUGAGGGAGGAUCAGAAGAGACCACAACUCUGAUUGGCCUUCUGAAGACUGCCAGACUGCUCCGAUUGGUCCGUGUGGCACGGAAACUGGAUCGUUACUCAGAGUAUGGGGCGGCUGUCCUAAUGCUCCUCAUGUGUAUCUUUGCGCUGAUUGCUCAUUGGUUGGCUUGCAUAUGGUAUGCAAUCGGCAAUGUGGAGAAGCACUAUCUGGAUCACACUAUCGGCUGGUUGGACAAUCUAGCCAUAUCUAUCGGCAAGCAGUACAACGGCACUGACCUCUCCUCAGGCCCCUCAAUCAAGGACAAGUAUGUGACAGCACUGUAUUUCACAUUCAGCAGUCUGACCAGCGUGGGUUUUGGAAACGUGUCGCCAAAUACCAACUCAGAGAAGAUCUUCUCCAUCUGUGUCAUGCUCAUUGGCUCUCUGAUGUAUGCUAGUAUCUUUGGGAAUGUGUCUGCUAUAAUUCAGCGACUGUACUCAGGAACAGCUCGGUAUCAUCUGCAAAUGCUUCGGGUCAAAGAAUUCAUUCGCUUCCACCAGAUCCCUAACCCACUGAGACAAAGACUGGAGGAGUACUUCCAACACGCAUGGACAUACACCAAUGGCAUCGACAUGAACAUGGGCUUUCCAGAGUGCCUGCAGGCUGAUAUCUGUCUUCAUCUGAAUGAAAGUUUGCUCCAGAGCUGCAAGGCAUUCCACGGAGCGACCAAAGGAUGUCUACGGGCAUUGGCGAUGCGCUUUAAGACCACUCAUGCCCCACCAGGUGACACGCUGGUGCACUGCGGGGACGUUCUCACGGCCCUCUACUUUGUGGCCAGGGGAUCCAUCGAGAUCCUCAGAGACGAUAUAGUGGUGGCUAUCCUGGGUAAGAAUGAUAUUUUUGGUGAGAUGAUUCAUCUGUACGCCAAACCAGGGAAAGCCAAUGCAGAUGUUCGAGCGUUGAGCUACUGCGACCUCCACACCAUCCAAAGAGAAGAUCUGCUGGAGGUUCUGGAGAUGUAUCCUGAAUUCUCAGACUACUUCCUGUCCAAUCUGGAGCUCACCUUUAACCUGCGUGAUGAAAAUGGCAAGGGAGCCACGGCUCCUCAGAGGAACCUUUACACAGCUGUGAGUGAUUCAGACACAGAAGACCCUGACAUCAGGACCCAUCCCUGCUUUAAGAAGAACGGCUCUGCAGGUUCUCCGAGCAGACUGAGCAGGACAGACAGAGAAAGAAGAAGAGAUCGAGAGGUUCACACGUUACCGAGGGAGGAGGAGAAGGAAGAGGAAGAGGAAGAGGAGGGUGAGGAAGAGAUGGCGAGGACUUUGAGUCGAUCCAUUCAUGUCAACAUGAGCACCAUCCCUGACAGAUACUCUAAAGACUGUGUUGAAAACAAUCUGUUUCACAAAGAUGUGUGUGUUGAAGAAUGGCCUUGUGGGAAUGCAGAUGACUCAGCGAAAUCUCAAGACAGAAAAGGAGUAGACGACUGUGAAAGUGACAUCACAUUCGGCGAAAUGGAGCAAAGACUGGAUGUACUGCAGGAACACCUAAACAGGCUGGAAGAGCAGAUGACAUCAGACAUCCAGGCUAUUUUACAGUUGCUCCAGAGGCAGAGCACUCUGGGACCUCCAGCGUACAGUAGUGUGGCCGUCAUUCCAGACUACCACAAACCCAUGCAGCCCGUCACUGCCAUGCAGACGCAGAGUCUUGAUGAUCUAGAGAACGCCUGUAAAGCCCAGACUCCAACGACUGCUGUUACCACGAUGAUAAACUCUGAAGUCAACACGGCCUCGCCAUUGGUGGCAAAGCCAGAGUGGGACGACGGUCUCCACAGGCCCUCCUCUGAUCCUGGUCUUCCAGGGCAGUAACAAAAGGUCAAAGGUUAAAGUUUCAUGGUCAUGAAACAGAAUCCAAUAACAACAGAAUUCCAAGGGGCAUAUACAGUAAGAGCAGUGUUUAAUCAUGAGGUUUGAAUAAGAAUGCCUCAUAGAGGAGUCAAACUUCUGUAUGCUAUCAAGUAACUAUGCAUAGACAGAACAAUAUCUUCAGUAAGCUUAACUUCCUCCCUUCAAAACAACAGCAGCUACAGCUAGACUCAGGGUAGAAAACACAAAACUGAAGAGUCAUAUGCAAAGAACUGACAAUGACCUUCCAUGUCCCUUAUAGUUACCUUAAAAGGAGUCAAACAAAAACUGGUGAACAGAUGCAUUAAUGCAGUAUGAGUCAGUCUAAAGGUUGUUCAUUUUGUAAAUAUAUAAAUGAAAACAUUGUUCAGAAAGUAACAUAUUGGACAUACAACCAUGUUAAUGAAAGAUGCAUGCUGGGGAAAAAAUGCAGUGUUUGUUUUAGUUUUUUUGCAUGUUUCUUAAAAACACAUUUGCAUUAGUAAUCAAGUGACAUGAGCUUGGUUUUUGUCAUUAUAUCACUUAUUUGAGACUUAUGUAUGUAUUUAAUUAACUAUGAAUUUCCUGGUAUUCAGGAAGAAUCUUUUACUUGAACUGAACUCUGCAAAGCAAAGUCUCAUCAUCAAACUGUCAUCAUCUCCUAAUAUCACAUUAUUCUGCCCAUAUCAGAUUUACACAGGAAAGUUACAUUCAGCAAACGACACACUGUCCGUUCAGAGCCAACUAAACAUUGUAACAUUGUCAGUAUUGCAAUAUCAUGUCUCAGUAUUGAAUUUGACAAA